CUCCAGACGCUACUGCUCAACAAGACUUUGCUAAUUGGCUAUUGCAGCUUGGAGAGGGACGUAUUCCGAUGGUUAAAAAAGAAGAAAACAUGAUCAAGCUACCUAUAGAUAUUGUUUUACCAUCUCAGGAUAUUCAAGACCUAAUUAACUUUGUAUACGCUGACCUUGCCGCUCUACAUAAUAAUUUCGACUAUCUGAUAAACUGA